GAAUCAUCUAUAAAAAUCCAUUAAACAAACCAAUGUCAGAAUAAAAAACAACAUUAAUCAAACUCAACUUGGGUCUCCAACAUCCCAUGAAUUUUCCAUCAUUGAUUUCAAAAUAAAAUAAUAUACUUAGAAGAGAAUAUAACUCGCCCGUUCGACUGUGGAUUUUUCUACGAGGAGGAUAUGGAACUCUCAUUGAAGAAGCUUUGGGAUAAAUGGGAUCUGCGAUCCUUCAUUAUCUUAAGCCUUUCACUGCAAACCUUCUUAACACUUUUUGGGCCCUUGAGAAAGCGAAUGUCAAGCAAUUGGAUAAUCAUAUCCCUCUGGUCGGCAUACUUACUUGCAGACUGGGCUGCAAAUGUUGCUAUUGGGUUCAUCUCCAACGGCAAUAACAACACUACUUCUGGUGCAGUCAACAAUGGAGACCUUGAGGCAUUUUGGGUUACUUUUUUUCUGCUACACCUCGGUGGCACGGAUACAAUUACUGCUUUUGCUCUCGAGGAUAAUGAGCUGUGGCUCAGGCACUUACUUGCGCUCAUAGUCCAGUGUUUAGUAGCAGCUCUUUAUGUCUUCUUUCAGACAUUACCCGGUAACAAGCUAUGGAUCCCAACAAUGCUCGUGUUUGUAGCAGGAAUUAUCAAAUACUCUGAGCGGACACGUUCUCUGUAUCUUGCAAGCUUUGGUAAUUUACGGGAGUCCAUGCGACGUGUUCCUCCUGUCUACCACCAGGUCGUAAAAGAUUUCCAUGCUGGCAUGGCUCCUGUGGUCUGGAAUAAUCAAGAAGGCACUGAAGAUGCACGUGUUUUGACGGAGUUACCGGUGAUACAGUUUGCUAAUUCCUUUUUUGAUAGUUUGAAGAAGUUGAUUGUUAAUUCCAUUGUAACCUUCGAGCUGGACGAUGGCGAAUAGUUAUUCAGAACAAUUAUGGCAGGAGAUGUUUUGGAAUUAUAGAGCUUAAACUGAAUCUCAUGUAUGAAAUUCUCUACACGAAGGUCAGUGUGGUGCAUUGUAAAUUAGGCUACAUUUGCAGGUCUGUUUGCUUCAGUUCAGUUGUUGUAGCCCUUGCACUCUUCCAUUCCGAGGAGAAGCAGGGAUUCGAUGGGUUUGAUGCUAGGAUUACCUAUGUCUUGCUCCUUGGUGCCAUUGUCCUCGAUAUAAUUGCUAUCGUCAUGCUCUUUUUCUCUAAUUCCACCAUUAUUACCCUCAUGAGCAUACGUCGUCAACGGUCCACGAGCAAUUGGGUUAAAAAUUGGGUUAAAAAAAUGCUCAAC